AUGCGGGGGGGCCCGAGCAGCCCAACAGAAACAAAACCCCGGAAGGCCCACAAGGACGAAAACCCACGGCACCAACCAAACCCCCAGGGGACUCCCCCACCCAAAAAACAACGAAACCACCCCCCCCCCACCGAAAGCAAACACGCCCCAAGGAAAGCAAAGGACGAGAGCCCACCCCGGGGCACGCCAGGACCGAGCGCAAAACGCCCCAGCCCCAGAAGCCCGGGACAAGCAGCAAAAGAAAGCAGCGCGCGACCCCCCCACCCCCGCCACGAAAAACAGCACGACCCACCCCGCUCCGGCCCCCCAGCCACAGGCCGCGAGAGGAGGACGGCCACGCCCGGCCCGGUCGUCCCCCCCCCCCCCCCAAAACCGAGCAACCUCCCCUCCCAAGCCCCGGGACGUUGCACCCACCAGCGUCACCCGGGACCCCCCCCCAACAGAGCGAAACCACACCCCGCCCCCGGGGCACUCCAAAGGGGCCCCGAACCCCCAACCGCCACAACAGACACACAAAACCCGGCACAGGGGCGAACCCAGCCCCCCCGGCGAAACCACGGCAAGAAGGCCCAACCCCCGAAAAACCCCACCCGGGGGAAGGAGGCCCCCCGAGCCCCGCCCCAGCAGAAGCCCCCGGCCAGCAACAAAAAAACCCUGCCGGCGCCCAGCCCCACCAGCAGCAGACAGCCACCAGGGAGUAGCCCCCGUCGCCCCCGGAAAACCCCCAAGAGCACCCCACGCGGCCGCCGCAGGACCCCCCCCCGGGCCCCCCGACCCCCCCCGCGGGGGCAACAGUCCCCGGGGCCCGACCCCCAGGCACCCCCCUGA